AUGGUGUCGAAAAGAAAGGCCGAGGACCAGCUCUAUGCUGGUUUUGGUAAGAAGGCUUUCACUUAUUAUAAUAAUGUUGCAGAAGAAGUAGGCACAACCGUCUUCAAUGCAACCUCCACUCCCCCAACGCCAUUUAGAGUUAAUGGAGUGAACGUUACAGCCUCCUCCUUGCACAGUAUCCCCGUUACCACAUCCACUGCUAACAGUGUCCAAAGUGUUUCCACUGACAAUAUCAAGGAGUACAUUAUUCCGACCAAUGGCGCUCAUCUAUCGAUAUAUACUGGAUUGCCUACCUUGAAAGAGUACUGCUUAUCGCUGGCUAUUCCCACCACUUCUUUGUCUGCUUCUUCUGCAUCAUCUCUUAACCCCUCUAUGCUUGUCCCUAAUGUCGCUGCGAUCACUUCUACUUUGGUCACGCAACCGCCCGUCUCUGAACCCCAAUUCAGCUUCGUCGUAGCCCCGACAAGCUCCAUAACUGGUAUGCCAAUGUCAUUCUUCCUGACGGAGCACCUGUGCAGUCAUUUUGGUCGGGUCCACACUAUUCCAAGCUUAUGGCCAAGCUCCGCGUCUCAGUUAAAGCCUGCAUGCGAUUGCACGAGUUGGGUGCACUUGACUUGCGACCAGUCACUGCAAAAGCAAAUACAUGGAUGUCUCUUAACAAUGAAGGCAAUUAUGUUUUGA